AUGCCGAAUAUUAUACCCAAUCAAACAACCACCACAACCUCAAAUUCCGCAGAGAUGUCCCCGUCACCCAAACCCGUUCUCUCGAAAUUGGCAAAUCGUUAUAGAGGCGCCACAGUCGAAGAUCUCGAUCCUCCAUCCGCACUCUCCUGUAACCCCACCGAUCCCAUCUCAUAUGCACUCAUGAGCGCCUUCGAACGCGAUUACACACACCUCACGGUCGUAACCCCCGACACACGCGCCCUGCUCGGCUAUCUCUCGAUCCCGCAUCUGCGCAUCUUGCUCGAAACAGGCAAAGUGCAAGAAUCAGACGAGGUAUCCAAAGCAAUGGUGAAAUUUAGGAGGAAGGGAAAGGUGUAUAAGGUUAUUACAAUGGAUACCCCGUUGGAAGAGUUAGAGUUGUUCUUUGCUGGGGGAGAGAGUGGUGAGGGUGGAAAACAGGAUUUUGCAGUUGUGACGGAUGAGAGGAGGAGGUUUGUGUUGGGAGUGGCGACCAAGACGGAUUUAGAGGAGUUCGCUAGGAGGAGACCUGCUUGA